AUGGAGAGAUUCCGCAUGCUUUUCCAGCACUUCCAGUCCAGCUCGGAGUCGGUGAUGAACGGCAUCUGCCUGCUGCUGGCCGCGGUCACCGUCAAGCUGUACUCCUCCUUCGACUUCAACUGCCCCUGCCUGGCGCGCUACAAUGCCCUCUACGGCCUGGGCCUGCUGCUCGCGCCCCCGCUCGCCCUGUUCCUCUGCGGCCUCCUGGCCAACCGGCAGUCGGCCGUCAUGGUGGAGGAGUGGUGCCGGCCCGCGGGCCACCGGAGGAAGGACCCAGGCAUCAUCAGGUACAUGUGCUCCUCCGUGCUGCAGAGAGCGCUGGCUGCCCCUCUGGUCUGGAUCCUGCUGGCCCUCCUUGACGGGAAGUGCUUCAUAUGUGCCUUCAGCAGCUCCGUGGACCCUGAGAAGUUUCUGGAUUUCGCCAACAUGACCCCUAGCCAGGUGCAGCAAUUCCUGGCCAAGGUGCCCUGCAAGGAGGAUGAGCUGGUGAGGGACAGCCCUGCUCGAAAGGCCGUGUCUCGCUACCUGCGGUGCCUGUCCCAGGCCAUCGGCUGGAGCCUCACCCUGCUGCUGAUCAUAGCAGCCUUCCUGGCCCGCUGCCUGAGACCCUGCUUUGACCAGACAGUCUUCCUGCAGCGCAGAUACUGGAGCAACUACGUAGACCUGGAGCAGAAGCUGUUCGACGAGACGUGCUGCGAGCAUGCGCGCGACUUCGCCCACCGCUGCGUGCUGCACUUCUUCGCCAGCAUGCAGAGCGAGCUGCGGGCGCGGGGGCUGCGCAGGGACACUACGGGCAAGAACCCGGAGCCCCCGGGGACACCUGAGCCCCCAGGGGACCUGGAGGGUGGAAGUGGGAAGGCCUACCUGCGCGCAAUCUCCAGCCAGGAGCAGGUGGACCGUCUCCUAAGCAUCUGGUACUCCAGCAAACCGCCUCUCGACCUUGCUGCAUCCCCUAGGCCCUGGGAAGGUGGCCUUAGCCACCGCACUUCUACAGUGGCCCCGAGCACCAGGCCGUCCCAGCACACCGAUGUUUAG